ACAUAUGUAUUUAGUAGAUUAGCAGGACAUUGAAUUUUUAUGUUGUGUUUUGUUACCUUUGUGUCUGUUUUAAAUGUAUUAAAUGUAAAUUAAAUCAAAUAAAAUGAAGCUGCCCGUCAUGUGUCGUACUUGCGAUGCAAGGGACACAGAUAAACUAUACAAAUUGGCAACAUCCACCAAAAGAUUUCCGGAUAAACAGCUCUCCGACAUUUUAGCAGAAUUGACACACAUCAAUUUGGAUGAAACGCUGGCGCAACAGCUGCCGCAAUGCCUGUGCGGCAAUUGUGCCAGAAAGCUAAUAGGCGCCUAUUAUUAUGUGAAACAGGCGUUGGCCGCCAAUGAGCUGCUCAUGAAUCAUGUGGACCGCCUGGAGAGCGACAUAUCUGCGGUCAAUGACUGCCUGCAGGAGGCGCCUAUGGAGCUGUGUGCCGAGCAGCAUGUGGAGAUUAAAAUGGAGACAGAGGAGGAGGAGGCUGAAAAUGAUAUAACCUGCACGGAACUACCGGAGUUUACAACUGUACAAAACGCCCACGAUGUGGAAGUGGAUGCUGACGAUGAGCUGGAUAAUAAAAAGUCUGGCGAUCCGCUCACAAUGCUCGAACCAGUGAAACAGGAGGAUGACCCAUCCGCUGCCAGAGCAACCAAUGUGCAGAAACAGGAAUAUAAGGCUGAUAUUGAAGAUGAGGAAUCACUCGAUGAUUUGCCUCUGCAAACACGCGUGCGCAAGUGGAAGCAAACGGACAAACAGCGCACCGUGAAGCGUUCAAUUUUCAAAUGCACGGAUUGCCCAAAAAGCUUCAAGCGACCCGAGUAUCUCAAGCAGCAUGCAACACGCGCGCAUAAAUCAAAAACCGACUGGUUCUCCUGCUCCUAUUGCAUACGCAAGUUCAGUCACAGAGAAGCGCUGCAAUCGCAUCUGAAAGUGCAUCGCGAUUCCAAGCGAUCAGCCAACUUGGGCGAGAGCAAAAAGGCCAAGGAUAUUGAUGUGAACAUGUGCAAACCGCAUGGCUACAAGCUAAUUGAGUGCAUGAUCUGUCAGAGUCAAUACGAUAAGAUAGCGGAUUUGCGUCGACAUUUGGAGCAUCAUCCGGACAUUGUUAAUUUUGGCGCACGCUCAAAUAUGCAGCCACACGAACUGGCCGAGCUGUUCUAUCCGGAUGCCAAGCAUAUCAGCGAGGAACAACUAAAGGUGCUCAUACAAAAAGAUCUGGCCGCGGGAAUUUACCAACGUUUCUAUUCAAUAACCAACCAAUCGGGCUAUGAAAUGGAUCUGGACAGCUCGGAGACGGAAAGCGAGGCUGAACUGGAUGCCGAUGAGCAGGGCAAACAGCAACGCAGCAUACCAAAAGCCAAAUAUAGCUGUGAACUGUGCCACGAGCGCUUUCAACGCAAAUACCAGAUCUUCGAUCAUCAGCGUCUGAUGCACACCUGGUUGGAGGCGCCGCAUAUCUGCGGACGCUGUGAUGCGCGCUUUGUUAGCCUCCAGCUGCUGCGACAUCACAACGAGCUGCAGUGCAAGAACGCACAAAAACGCUUCCUGUGCCACAGAUGUCCGCUACGCUUCCGCUGGCGGCACAAUCUAAAGGCGCAUAUACGCGAGCAUCGUAUUACUAAUCAAACGUAUGAAUGCAACGAUUGCAAGCGCGUCUUCGACAAGAAGAAAUCGCUGACGGUGCACAUGCUCAGCGUGCAUGCGGAGGAAUCCAAGCUGAUACCGUGCCAAUGGUGUACACGCAAGUUCUAUCGUCGCGACUAUCUGGUGAAGCAUCUGAAGCGUCAUGGCAUACGGGAACAGGAUAUACCGCUGGCCGAAACGCUCAUUGCGGCCACCUCAAAGCCAAACGGCGCCAAGCGCAUCACAUGCAAAGUUUGCAACCUUCAGUUCGAGCGCAUAUGUGAUCUGCGUGCGCACAUUCAGCUGGAGCUAAAACUGGCCCUGUCGCUGCACCAGAACUACGACUCGCCCCACAACUACUCCAUCACAAACGAAUCCGGCUACGAACUACAGCUGGGCGACUCCGAAACGGAGGAUGAGAUGCAAAUGCAAAUGCAGCCGCGUGCCUCGCCACACACACGACUGGUCUACAUCUGCGAGCUGUGCAAAGUACAAUGCAAGCGCAAGUACGAGAUGAUCCAGCAUCAGCGGGCCAUGCAUCGCUUUGACAAGAUGCCCCACGAGUGCGAGCUAUGCAUAUUCAAAUGCGUUUGCAAGAGCAUCAUGGAUCAGCACAAGCAAUCGCAGUGCCAGAGCAGCGAUAAGAAACUGGCGUGCAGCAAAUGCAGCUACAAAUUCAUGUGGCCAGAGAAUCUGCAGCAGCACAUGCAACUGCAACAUGGUGGCGCGGAGUCGACCUCUGCAGCCGCUAGUGAAGCAGCAGCAGCAGCUAGCACUGAUCGGGUGCCAGCUUUGCCAGCUGAUACCGCAGCGCCGGCAGAUGAUGUGCAGCUGCUGCAGUGUCCACACUGUGAUCGCACGUAUCAGAUGAAGGCGCGCCUGAACAAUCAUAUACGGGAUGUGCACAUCAAUGGGGAUCGCAAGCGCAAGGAGGCCAUCAAGAAGUUUCUGUGCUCGCUGUGCGGGCGGGAGACCCAGUCGGCGGCCACAUUGGUCACACAUAUGCGACGUCAUACGGGCGAGAAGCCCUUCAAAUGCGAUCUAUGUGAAAUGGCAUUUCCGCGCCAUUCGGAGAUGAUGUCGCAUCGCCGGAUGCACACCGGCGAGAAGCCGUUCCAUUGCACGGUGUGUGGCAAGGAUUUUGCGCGAUCCGACAAACUGAAGCGGCACAUGCUGACGCACAGUGGCCUGAAGCCGCACAAGUGCACCUACUGCGACAAGAGCUAUCGCCAGGCGAAGGAUCUGAAACUUCAUCUGCAGCAGCACACGGGCGAGUGUCCCUUUAUUUGCGGCACCUGUGGCGAACGUUUCAUACAGGGCACCGCCCUGGAGAAGCAUCGCAUGAUGCGCCGCCACUUUGACGAGGUGGAGGACCGCAGCACUAAUACAUCAAUUGCUUAAUUAUGUUUAAAAUUAUUUAAUUUUUAAUAUAUGUUUGGUUUUUAAUCAAA